GAAGAACCGACCUUCGUAAGUGCAAAGUGCGUAACCUGCGACAGUGCGACCUGCGUGAAUCGGCCACUCCGGCCAGGCCGCCACUCGCCACUUCGCCAGACGCCAGGGACUACGGCUGAAAAGCGGCUGUCCAGAGAAGACCGCCUCCGCCUCCGCCUGCUCUCCGCCUGCUCUCCGCCUCCGCCUGCUCUCCGCCUCCGCGGCUGUCCAGAGAAGACCGCAAAAUCUGCAAUUUUUAGAAAAUAAUGACCACUCCACAACAACCUCCCAAGAAAGCCAAAGUAGGCAAAUCAACUCUGCAUUCUUAUUUUACCUCCAAUGCUCCAACUACAAGUAUACAAACUGAGAACCCGAUUUCGAAUGAGCAUGAAGAAUCUUCUAAUGUUCAAAAUCAAGCAUCUUCUUCUGUGAUUGAAAUAGAACGGGAUCCUGGUAAAAGAAGAAAAAUAUGUGAUUGGCCUGUUAAUAAUAGAGAUGAAGUUAGGCGGUUAUAUUUGGUUGCUGGGCCUUACCAACCAAAACUUCAGCGCUAUCAAGGUCGAGAAUAUAAAGACAAAAUUCGACGUUUUCAACCAAAUUGGUUCAAUGAAUUUAAUUGGUUGGAAUAUUCUCCGACAAGGCACAAAGCAUAUUGCUUUCCGUGCUUUCUAUUUUGUGAUAACAUCCAUGCCUCCAAUACCUCUGCAUUAGUCCAUAUUGGAUUUGAUAGCUGGAAGAGAGUUCAUCAAGGCAAAGAAUGUGUAUUUUUUCUUCACACAGGUACAUCACCUUAUUCUUAUCAUAAUAAAUGUGUGACGUAUGCUACUUCCCUAAUGACUCCAGCUCAGCAUAUUGAUAAAGUGAUUGAGAGAAAUCAAGUGGCGGUAGAUCUUGAACAUUAUUACCGCUUUGAAUAUUUUACCCAAUCCAUAGAUUAUCAAGUGGCGGAGUUGAAUUCAAGAUUUUGUGAGAAAUCAGUUAGACUACUUGAGCUCAGUGUGGCAUUGGAUCCGAGAAACUCCUUUGAAUCAUUUAAUGCUGAUCAUAUUUAUAAUCUUGCAGUGGAGUUUUAUCCUGAUGAUUUUGAGCAACACGAGAGAAAUGCUUUAAAGAGUGAACUGACAUUUUAUCAUAUUCAUGUGGCUCAGAACACUCAAUUCCAAGUUCCUACUCUUUCGCAUUUAUGUGAAAUGUUGGUGAAAACAAGAAAGGCAGACGAUUUCAAAAUGUUGACAAGAUUGAUACGUCUUGUGUUAACAUUACCGGUUUCCACGGCUACAACCGAGAGAGCAUUUUCAGCAAUGAAACAUGUCAAGACGGCAAUUCGCAACAAAAUGGCUGAUGAAUUUCUUGCUGAUAGUUUGACAAUCUUCAUUGAGAGGGAACUUGUCAGUACAAUAGAUAUUGACUCUCUUAUCGAUGAGUUUGCUAAAGUAAAAGACCGUAGAGUGCAAUUGACUUUUUAGUUUGAAUGUUUGAUGCACUAAAUUUCUAGUAGUUUUGUUGUAAAAACAUUUGUGAUGCACUUGAACAUAAUUUUAUUACUACACUUAUAUUUAAGAAUUUUUUUAGUUCAAUUCCGACCCAGCCCUUUAUAGUGUCCUGGCUCCGCCCCUGUUAGGUUAGAUGAUUGCAACGUCCUCUCAGGGUUAAAAGAAAUGAUACAUAAACUUACUAUUUAAAAAAUUGCAAUAUAAUAGUUGUUUGCUUAAGAAAUAACCCUGAUAAAAUCUUAAAUAUAACUAAAAUUUAACUCCAAAUAAAAACUCAAUAAAAUCUAGUCAUCACCAGCAAAUGUGAUAACCACAUGGAUCCAAGAAUUUAUUCACACUUCAAAUCCUUAAAUAAAAUAAAGUAAUAAUAAUCUUUUUAUUCUAACAACUGUGUCAGAUUUUCACUUCUCCAGCUCAGACCACGUUCAUACAGCACACACACCAAAGCACCACCGGAAGGGACAAGAACACUCAGACCAGCCCAGCCAUCUCAACGCACGCCAAAGGUCAGAAAAGGGGAAGCACAGAGAGAAUACCACAGAGGGACCGGAAUGGAGAAGAGACAGAAGUCUCUCUCACCUCUCUCUUAACCUCACUCUCUCUCUAACCGAAGACCUCUACGUCAACCAAAGGCGUAGAGGAGCUUAAGUACCCGGGCAAGAGGGGAAGCCCUAAAGGAGGGUUCCAGAAGAAGGGCUAGCGGCAGAACAACAUGGGCCAGGGCAAGAGGUAAGCAAACAGGCCCAACAAAGAAAGGAGAGGGCUGCCUUGGCCCGUGGGGCCAAUACCUCCACACUCUCCACCUUAUUGGCCAUUGAUGGAUAGUCUACCCGGGGGUAUAUAUCCGAAGGGUUAUUGCUGAGAAUAACUUAGAGAGAAGUCAGAGCACAAGUAAAUAAGAGAGAGAGUGUAUUCAGUCUGAAUGUCAUGGUCACAAAUGGGGAAAUGGGGUGCUAUUUAUAGUAGCAAUAAAUGCCGGACAGGGACACGUGUCAAGCGCCCAUUGGCCGAGGGGUCACUUCAACUGGUUGGCGUAGGGAGCCGCAUGUGGCCGCAUUUAAUGCGGCUGUUGGAUGGGACGUCAGUACAGGGUACGGUGAUCUGUACGCAUGUGAGGCGGAUAUCAUGUCGGGAGAGGUGCCUUCGGCUAUAGGGCGGCAGCCGAGGGCUCCUCAAACCGAUGGCCCCCUGGUGCCGAGGGCUCCUGGUGCCGAGGGCUACUGUUUUUGCCGUUUUCUCCCAGUUUCUUAGUUUGCUUGAGAACCCCGUUCUGUAAGAGUUCAGAGCCUUCGGCCAGGGGGCCGAAGGCACCCCUGGCGCGUAGUGCGGGCUGCUUGGUACUCUGGGCGCUGUGAUUUGGGCCUGUUGAGCCUUCUGGGCCUGUUGGGCCUUUGCUGGAGUAGUAGGAGUCUGUGGGCCAGGGGUUCCCGGGCCAUAUACUCCAUCAGGAGUCCCUCACUCCUUUUGCCGAAAGGUAUUUGAGGGAAAAGGAGUAAUUUGUGCUUGCCCUUUGAUGUUGUCCUGUUGUAAUCUCUGAAGUUGGUGAGGAGUUGUUGUUUUCAUGUCCCUGCCGAAGGCAGUCCCUCAGUUACCCACAUGUCGGGACUUGAGGGCUUGCUUUGUCGUUUGUUGGAAUUUCACUAAUUUUGUAAUUUAAUGAUUUUCCCGAGGGGGUUCCCCAGUCCCCCACUCCUUGAGACACUUGUAAAGUGGUGAAAAGGAGUAGAGUAGUUGCGUUGCUGUUGUGGGCCGAAGGCUGACGCUUUUCGUUUCAUUUUGGGGGGAUGCCUCGUUAAAAACCUCAUUAGAAAAAACCCUGUGGGAAAAAAUCCUAAUGAGGGAAAAAGAGUGCACCGAAUUCCCCCAAUGAUGAAUCGAAAAUGUGAAACCUUGGUCAAAAAUGGAGAAUAACGGUAAUGCCGAAGGCUCUUCUUCUUCUGAGGGCUCAUGUGUUGAUUGGCCGAAGGCUUGCUGUUGAUGUCCUGGGGGGCGCCGAAGGGGAGCCCCUCAAUCUGGGGAUCGAGGGCCUGAUUGAUGAGGGCAGCAGUGGAGUUGUUUACCGGGGGGUCCACUGUUCGUCGAUUAGUUGGUGAUGAAGAUACCCGAGGGCUCCCAUUACCUGUGUGCCAUAGGCUAUCCGUCAAUGAGGCAACUCCCCGGGGGCUACCCGGUUCUUACAGUGCUGAGAGGGAAUUCCCGAGGGGUGCCCUAAUAUGAAGCCUUGGGUUUCUGAAGGAGUGAUCCCGAAGGCGUCUGUUAUGUGCUGUGUGGGGCACAACCCGGGGGUGUCUCUGGGUAAGUGUACCCGGAGGCUCUCCUUGAUGUAGCGGGGUGAAGUAGAAAACCCGGGGGCUUCCAGAAUAUAGCCGUUGGAAAUAUAGCCGUUGGAAUAUGUAACGUCAGGAUAUAGCCGUUGGGGGGGACACGUGGCGCGUGAUGGUUGGCUGUCCGUGGGCGUCAUCACUGGUUGGGCGAAGACGCGGUGUGUAAUGAUGGCGGUCCAUCCGGAGGCCCGGAAUCCAGGCCCAAGCCCAGAUUCCAUCGCCUAUAAAUACCCCAAGGCCAGAGCCCUUUCUUCUUGUGCGAUUAUCUGUUUUAGCGAAGCUCUGCCAAAAAUUCUAGAGAGAGAAACUCAAGCCUUCGGUAAACACUCAGCUUUCAAGGUCAGUUCCCCCCUGCCUUUCUCCUUCUAGUUUAGUUGUGCCUUGUGCCCCUAGGUUAGGAGAUAGAAUUUUCUAGGAAACCCUACUUUUCCCGAGCCUUCGAAUUAGUGAGCAGAUGUCAUCACAGAGCGACUCCCAGGAUAUCUCGGGGGAGCCUUCGGUAGAGAUGGAGACAUGCUCAGAUGUGGAGUCGUCGAGCGUGGAGUCCUCGGCGGGUGGUGAUGCCGCCGUGGCCAUGGAAGUGGAGAAGGACCUCCAGGCCGAAGUCGAAGCCGAGGGCUUCGAGCAAGAAAACGAGGACGAAGAGCUUGCCAUCGUCGUGCAAACCGCCGAGCAAAAAGAGGAGAGGGAGAGGCUGAAGGUGACGGUUACCAUUCCUCCCCCCGGGGUGCCAGGGAAGCCAGCUCCUCCCGGCCAUUGGACCCGACGCCCAUCAGUGUGGCUCCCGGGAAGAAAAACAAGAUGAAGGCGGCCCCGAGGAAGAAGCAAGCGGCAGUUGAUGCUGGGCGGCCGGUGGGCAUACCCGAGGGCCAUUCGUUCCUGAACACUGCCGCUCUAGAGCUGAGGACGAGGGCGUCCCCGGCAGAAUACCAAUCCACCCAGAUGCUGGUUGGCCCUUUGGCGCGCGUGGUGGAGCCCAGGGCGGAUGAUUUGCUGCGAUAUGCGCCCAAAGGGUGUUUUGCUGUUCACACUCUCUCGGUGGAGAUGGGGCUUCGGUUUCCGCUUCAUCCUUUUCUCUUGGAGUAUUUGAGGUUUGUGGGGUUGGCCCCCUGCCAGCUAACGCCCAACAGCCACUCCUAUGUGGCCGGCUUCCUCUCCUUGUGUCAGAGCCGGGGGGUUGAGCCCACACUUGAUCAAUUCUUCAUGUCCUUCAACCUCUGCCGGGGGGGACAUUCAAAUGCUGAGGGCUUUGCCAACCUUCAGCAGGUACCGGAGUUCCGGCUUUUUGAUGAUGUGCCCUCGUCCCACAAGGGGUGGAAGGAGAGGUUUUGCUACAUUCGCCUCGAGGAGAACCCCUUCCCGGUCCAGCUCCGCAAUAGCUUCCGGCGCCAUCCGAAGGUGGGGAGCGCAGCUCUGGAGAAGAAUGGCAAAGUGCUUGCCAAGAAGCCGGAGGGGUCUGACAAGCACGUCAAGAUCAGAGACGUCACCCUCCCAGAGGAAUUGCUUAGCCUGGGCUUCCGGCAGUUCAGGCCGAGGGGCUCUUCGGAUGAGAGAUACCCUCCCCUCGAUCGGGUCUUCGAAGGAGCUGGAGGUGAUCACCGAAUGGUUCACUGAUGCGUUGAUAGUUCUCUCUUAUUCCCCAUUUUUUUAUGAUGUAGUAACUGGUAGCCUUCGAUCUAACCCUCUUGUGUUUUUUUUUGUUGCUUGCAGGUAACAAUAUGGACGUCGGUUCCCUCUUCGCUCUGAAGAACGCGAAAGGGAAGAAGAAGGCCCCGGCGGGCGCUUCUGCCAGGGAGGGGCCCUCUCAAACUGCUGUCGUCGCUGCUGGCGCCGGAGGGUCCAAGGAUGCCGGGCCCGUAAAAAAGAAGAACGCCGGUAAGGGGACCGAGCCCCCGGCCAAGAAGCCGAAGACUACCGCCCCUACCAAACAGCCGAUCACCGAUGUGGUGGUGAUCGUUGACGAAGGGCACGCCUCUGCCUCCACCCCCCAGGAACAAAUCAAUCAGGAGUUCUUUGGGCGGGAGAGGUUGGAGGCGUUAGUACCGAAGGGAGCCUCCGUGUUGGAGGGCAGUCUGAACCCUUCGGCUCUGAUGAGCCAGAUGCUGCCGUCGGCCGACCGACUAGCCCUUGCCCGGUUGGACGAGGGAUCCCUCGAGGCGAAGGUCCUCCUGAAUGCUGCCUCCAGCUUUAUGGGCCUCUGCGAGCACCUCCGGAGGGUGGAUCAAAUGAGGGAGGCCAAGGGUGUAGCCGAGGGGGAAGCCGCCCUCCUCAGGAAGAAGCUUGCUGAAGCCGAGGACUCUCUUCGUCUGGCCACCGACGGCAUGGAGCAGAGGGUGCAGGCUGCAAGGGCCGAAGGGGUUAAUGAGGGACUGGCCAAGGCCGGGGAGGCCACCGCCGAGGCCGCCCGCAUUGCUGCUGAUGAAGCCCGCGCGGCUCAAGAAGAGGCCGUCUCCAAGGCCCGAGAGGACGCGGUGACCAGUUUCACAGCCGAGGGGUGGAGGGCUGAAGACCGGAGGGAGUGGCUUGCUUCGGUGGUGGUGGCUUCAGUGGACGAGUGGGUCAGAGGCCCUGGAAAGAUGUGGCUUGCUGAGAGGGGCGACUCGUACUACCAAGGCGGGGAGUUCUUCACCCAACGCCUUAUCUACCGGAAGCUUGCGAAGCACUUUCAGGUGGCACCGGAGGAGUUCCGUCCAGAGGCUUAUGGCCUCCCCCCCCCCCCCCCUCGCCAGCCAGAUAUCAGGAUCCCGCUCCCCGAGGGGGAAGAGAGGCCAGUUCUUGAAGACUCGGAGACCCUCCGGGAGUGCGGGCUUGGGGGUGAAGAGGAUGAAGCCGAGAGCGAGACAAUAUCCACAGUCCCCCCUUCUUGAAUUGUAUUCCCCCCUUUUGUGUUGUAAUUGUUGGCCUCGGCCUCCUUUGUAAAGUACAAUUAAACUUCCCCUUUUUUGAAUGAAUGAGUACGUAUGCCCUCGGGCCUUUGAUAUAUAAUAUGCUUC